AUGUACCGGUCGACCAAAGGAGCCUCCAAGGCGAAGGACCAGAUCAACGCCGAAAUCCGGAAUUUGAAAGACCUCCUCCCGAUCUCCGAAGCGGAUAAGUCUCGUCUCUCCUACCUGCAUAUCAUGUCGCUGGCUUGCAUGUACACCAGGAAGUCCAUCUUUUUUUCCCAAGAUGACGACUGGUGGGGUGAAAGCGGGGGCUGUUUCUCUUUUCAAGACAUGACCGAUUUUAUCCAGACUCUUCGCUUUCUACUGGUUGUGACGAGCGAAGGGAAGUUGCUGUACCUGUCGGACAACGUCACGGAGCAUUUGGGACACUCUGUGGUGGACCUAGUUGCCCAAGGCGACAGUGUUUAUGACGUCAUCGACCCCUCGGAUCAUUUCCUGAUGAGAAGCAACCUGGCCCUCGAGGCUUCGAACGAGACAGAUCGCCUGUUCAGAUGCCGUUUCAACACCUCCAAGUCGGUUCGAAGACAGAGCGCCGGGAACAAGCUGGUGCUGAUCCGAGGGCGGUUCGUCCAGCCUCCCGUCGGCUCUUACUGGUCAGCCAACCCGGUCUUCAUCGCCUACUGCAGCCCGCUGGAGCUGCGGCCCAGCCAACCGAGAAACUCUUUCUUCUCGGCUUUCUUCGAUAGCCGGCACUCCAGAGAUAUGGCGAUCAUAGACGUGUCCGACAGUGUCUCUAUGUACCUCGGAUACGAGAAAUCCAGUUUGCUGUGCAAGUCGUGGUACAGACUGGUGCACCCGCAAGAUCUCUCCCACGCCUCGGCUAAGCAUUGUUGCUUGUUGAACGAAGCGAACGAUGCUAAAGUCGAAAUGGUCGUUCGCCUCCAGUCCAUAGACCACUGUUGGGUUUGGAUCUACGUUUUGCUUCAACAAGAGAGCAAGGAGAGUCCGAUCACCGGCUACAAUUACAUUAUCAGUGAUUCACAAGCUUGGAGCCUGAGACAGCAGCUCGCUUCUGAAGAGAGCCAGCUGGCCUUCGUCCUCAGGGCCUCCGCUUCCUACCAGGAGAGUCUACUCCUAUCUCCCGGGCAGUUGUCCAGCCCGGACCAAGUAUUCACGCCGGUGUCGAGCACCCCGACCAGCAGCGGGGGGCUCUCCGGUCAAUCGUUCGACUUCAGCGGCGUCUACAAUGUAGACUGCGGGCCGGAGUUCUGUUCGGAAGACGGCGCGGGGAGCGGAUCGGCUGCCGUCGGGCCGGAGGAAGCGAUGCAGCUGGGCGGGACCCGGGGGAGUAUCUCCUCAAUUGAGGAGGAACCCGGCUCCGCCCCCAGACCGAGUCAUCACCACCCGGAGUUCCAAAGCAAAGCUAUGGAGUUCUACUCGCAGAACUGUCUGUUCCUUCCACUCAGCGUCACCCCGCCCUCCCUUCCAUCCUCCUCCACCUCCUCCUCCGUUUAUGACCCGUCCUUCAGAGCUAAAGAAUUCGUCUGCACCCCUCCCUACACCCCCCACCAAGGCGGCGGAGGCGGCAGCUUUCUCUUCGGCGCUCCGGAGCAGACUUUGCCCCCCAGCGCUGUGGGCGGACCUUCCGAAACUACCGCCGCGACCACGCCCACCACCACCAUUACCAGCAGAGAACUGUACUUUCCUCUAGAGAGCACCCUCUACGAGAAUCUGCCCCCGACCCCGGACAGCCCGUGCGACGGGGACUGCACGGUGAUGGCGGUGCCCGAGUUCAGGGGACCCCUCUAUAUCGACGUGCCCGUGGUGCCUGAGGGCCUUCUGACCCCCGAGGCGUCCCCGAUCAAGCAGCCGCUGUCCAGCUUCUUCGGCUACUCAGAAAAGGAAAAGAGUGAGAUCAGCAUCCUGAUGGAACACAUCAGUAAAGUGGCCGAAGGCUUCAGCUCCUACUGCAGGGCUGGUGACAGCUGCGGCUACCCGGCCCCCGACUCCUCCUCCUCCCUCUCCCUCUCCCCACCUUCGAACUGCAAGCCCGGCCAAGUGACCCGCAGCUCCUCCCUCCCGGCCGGCCAGCCUCCUUCUGCCAAUCUCGAACUCUUUGCAGACUUUUUGUACCCUUUAAAACUCUGGAAGAGCGCCGACAGCUCCCUGCUCCCCGAAGACGGGCCCUUGCUGUUCGAAGAGAACGCUAUCGAGAGCUUUUUAAAGGACUCGCCUGCAAACCCCGCCAACGUCAGCGCCCCGGCGGCUCCUGCUAAGUCAGGCGGCCAGCCGGUGGAGCGGUGCCCGCCCCCCGAGUUUGGGGGGUAUGUGCGCGGCACCACCCGUAGUCCACGGAGCCCAGACGCCCCGGAUCCUUGCGUCGAAAUGGCGCACAGUAGUGUGGUGGCAGAGACGAGCCCAGCCACGGCCGCCUCGCCCCCGUCCACAGACUUGUCUCCGGAGGAGAGAUGCUUCCUGGAAGAACUCGCCUCGUACGAAACAGUCUUUGAGACACGUGCCUCAAGAUCACCCUGUGAAGGGUUUAACGAUGGGUUGUAUCAACUCCAGAAUCAUUUGCAAGACAACUUCCAUCACGACGGAAGUGAAAGUGACGCUUCGUUCUAAAAUAAGUCUGUGACUUACUUCAUUAAGUAUGGCAUAUUGUCAUAUUUUGUGGAGAUUCUUUUACGAAAAUGUGGAAAAAAUAAACAUUUGCCGCGAGGACAGAAGAAAAAAAAUAUAUAUAUAUAUAUACAGUAUAUAUAUAUAAUCUAUAUCCUCUGAAUUUUACCUUUUCCAAUGUUGAUGCGACCUACGCUGUCUCUCUUGUUUUCCAUGACAAUUUCAUACAGUAUUAUGCUAUAUGUUAUUAAUUUUAAUAAUGUAAGCUGAAAUAUCUUUUGUAUAGAACCCCACCCCCCUCUUAAGAAACAGAUUCAAGAGAAAGCAUGUGUGUAAUUUUUUUAAAAAGUGUUCAAACUCUGCAAGCCUUGGAAAACGAAAGAGAGCGUGGUUAUGCGACAGAGCUUUACAUAUCACCACUGUAUUCACUCGUAGUGAGUUAUCUGUAUGUAAUUUUAAAAAAAUCGAGAAAAAUGUUUUUUUACAAAAAGCUUUUCCUUGCUGUUGGUAAUACAAAAAAAAGCUAUUUAUUCAAUGGGUAAGCAUUUAACAAACUGCCCACCCUGCUGGUCGAAUGUUGUAAUUACAGCAUGUCUGCGACUCGAUCCAUAUCGAGAUUCUGUCCUAGCUUUGUCUUAAUCUUCUCGACUAAUAUAUAUAUUAAAAUGUUACUGUUUCUGACAACGUCAGAUGUAAAUCUAACUUCGAUUGCAAUCAAAAAAAAGUAUACCAGAGACCAGCUGAAAUGUUUGCAGCGCCACCUACAGUAUGUUGCAUGUAAGUGACCUGACAUAAAAGUCUCAUGAACGCGCACGUUGGUUUGGGACGCGGUGGUCACGCAGGCGUAGGAAGCUUUUGUUUCUGGGUAGCGUACCGUAUAAAAAUCACUCGGAAAUGACGUUACGGAUGUGUAUAGUCCAAAUGUGUCGUCAUGCUAACGUAGAGUGGUCUACGGUCAAGUAUAAGGAUUGAUUCCUGUAUAAUCUAUGUCUUAAAAAAUAAUUAUUUAAAAACAAUUAAAAAAUAUGACCGUGUGCUAUGUAUAUACAUAUUGAUAUCUAUGUAUAUAUUGUAUAGUGAAUCACUGAAUGUCAAGUGUAUACAAAUUGUACAAUAACUAGAAUAUAUAUAUAGUUCUAUAUAUAUAUAUAUAUACAUUAUAUAAAAUGAAGUAACUUUUUACAAAGCAUGUAUUUAUGGAAAUGAUCGUUGUGUGAACCAUAUGUGUCAUUGCUUCAUGAAAAGUGUAUU